UUCAGAGAAGCCCAACUGGGAUUACCAUGCUGAAAUACAAGCUUUUGGACAUCGGUUACAGGAAACCUUUUCCUUAGAUCUUCUCAAAACUGCAUUUGUUAACAGCUGCUAUAUUGAAAGUGAGGAGGCCAAACGCCAAAAACUUGGAAUAGAGAAAGAAGCUGUUCGUCUGAAUCUUAAAGAUAAUCGAGAACUAUCUGAAGAAGGGAUAUCUUUUGCACAAACUUGCCUCACACAAUUUUUUGAAGAUGAGUACCCAGACUUGCCCACUGAAGGUAUCAAAAGUCUUGUUGACUUUCUCACUGGUGAGGAAGUUGUGUGUCACGUGGCUAGAAACUUGGCUGUGGAGCAGUUGACACUGAGUGCAGAAUUUCCAGUGCCCCCAACUGUAUUAAAGCAGACUUUCUUUGCAGUAAUUGGUGCCCUGCUACAGAGUAGUGGGCCUGAGAGGACUGCACUUUUCAUCAGGGACUUCUUAAUUACUCAAAUGACUGGAAAAGAGCUCUUUGAGAUGUGGAAGAUAAUAAAUCCCAUGGGGCUACUGGUAGAAGAACUGAAGAAAAGGAAUAUUUCAGCUCCUGAAUCAAGACUUACGAGGCAGUCUGGAAGCACCACAGCUUUGCCUUUGUAUUUUGUUGGCUUAUACAGUGAUAAAAAGCUGAUUGCAGAAGGACCUGGGGAAACAGUAUUGGUUGCAGAAGAAGAAGCUGCUCGAGUGGCACUUAGAAAACUUUAUAGAUUCACAGAGAAUAGACGGCCCUGGGACUAUUCUAAGCCCAAAGAGAAAGUUUUGAGAGAGGAAAAGACCAAAGAUGUGGCAACCUGAAAUUUGUAAGCAAAACAAGGUGAAUGUCAAAGGUAUUCCAAGCUAGACAUUUUUGAAAUUGUGAAGAAGUACAUCUUAUUCUUCAUACCGUGUUUCUAAAAUUGUUUAUCAGGUCACAGUUUUUUU